UGCGCUGGUUGAGGCGGGGUAGAGGGUAGUGCAGAAGUCUGUUGAGUUGCUGACUGUAAGUAUGAAUUCAGCUGCACAAAGCUCUCCUCAUACCGAAGCCUGUUCCGCGGUGAGUGGUACAUGUGUUCGUCUUUAGACUACAAACCGAAUUUGGGCUUAUCGUCAGACUGCAGAACUUCCAAUAGGAUACAUUCAAGAGAGCUAUAAACUCUUCCAACACAUUCUCCCCUUGUGCAUGUUUGAGGGAGAGGUGGACCCAAGGAAGAUGGGGUUUAAAGUGUUGUUGUGCCCUGCUGGAGCACAAAGCUAACUUUCAAAGCAUUUCGUAGUGUAGAUUAAAACUUGAUUGUUUUAGAGAGAGUAAACAAGAAGGGAAAAUGGAGAACCAGUCGGUGGUGGACCAGCAGAGCUACGAGGACGUGCGAAAGAGCGGCUACCUCCGCAAGCAGAAGUCCAUGCACCGGCGCUACUUCGUGCUAAGAGCGGCCUCGCCGAGUGGUCCAGCCCGGCUGGAGUACUAUGAGAGCGAGAAGAAGUUUCGUGGCAAGGCGCCUGUUCCGAAAAAGGCUGUAGUGCUGGAGACCUGCUUGAACAUCAACAAGCGGGCGGACGCCAAGAACAAACACAUGAUCGUGUUGUACACCCGGACAGAGAGUUUCGCCAUCGCUGCCGACAAUGAGGUGGACCAGGAGGAUUGGUACCAGGCCAUGGUGGAUAUGCAUUGCAAAAGUAAGAUCCCGCUGAGUGAGUGUGGCAGCGGAGACUACGGAGUGCCCACUCCGGGGCCGGCCUUCAAAGAGGUGUGGCAGGUGAAGGUGUGGCCCAAGGGCCUGGGCCAGGCCAAGAACCUGGUGGGCAUCUACCGCCUGUGCCUGACAAACAAGGACGGUCAAUCCUCGCCAAGCUCUUUCGGGGGCCCGCCCGACAUCGUGCUGCAGCUCAUGAGCGUCAUGUCGGGCUGUGGCCUCGAGAACUUCUUCUUCGUGGAGGUGGGCCGCUCUGCGGUUACAGGCCCCGGUGAGUUCUGGAUGCAGGUGGAGGACUCGGUGGUGGCCCAGAACAUGCACGAGACCCUGCUGGAGGCCAUGAAGUCCCUAAGCGAGGAGUUCCGCCAGCGCAGCAAGUCCCAGUCGGGGCCCGCUGCGGGUGGGGGUGCCACCGCCUCCAACCCCAUCAGCGUGCCAUCCAGACGCCACCACCCCAACCCGCCGCCCAGCCAGGUGGGGCUCACUGUAACCCGACCCACCUUGCGAGCCCCGACCUCGGUGAACAGCGGCAGCCCGAGGCGGUACCACAGCUUCCCGCGCACGCGCACGGCCAGCGACGGCGCCAAGAGCGACGACAUGGGUGGUGGUGGUCCAGCCAGCCCCACUCCCAAUGGCGGCUCCCGCUCCUCCACGCCCAUCCUCCGCUCCACGUCCGUCCGAGCGCCCCCUUCGUCCAAACACCCCCACGGCCUGAUGCGUUCCACCUCCACCCCCGCCGCCCCCUCCUGUCCCCCCAACCGCAUGUCCCCGGCCGGCCACCACGGCUCCGACUUCUGCCCGCUCAGCAGCAGCAUGAGCAGCAGCCUUGGCGGCGGCGGUUCGGGUUCCGGUUCCCAGGGGGGCGCCUACAGCCGCGUGCCCAGCCUGCAGGCCUCUCUCUCGGGCUCGCUCAGCGACUACGGCGGCUCCUCGGACGAGUACGGCUCCAGCCCCGGCGAGGGCUCGCUGCUGGCGCUCCACGGCCUCGCCAGCCUCGGGGGCCGCGACCAGGACGACGAGGACGCCAACUACAUCCUCAUGAGCCAACAACAGAGGAGGACCGGAAGUGGACAGGGAAACGGAAACCCCGGCACGAGUUCCGCCGGCCCCACGCACCACUACCUGUACCCGGGCGGGAACGGCACGCAGCAGCAGCAGCCUCCGCAGGGGGCCCGGAGGAUCCUGCGGCGGUCAUCGAGCCGCGAGUGCGAGGCCGAUCGGCGCUUCCUCAGCAAGAGGGCCUCGCUGCCGCCCAUGGCCCUGGAGCGCCUGGCCCCGCCGUCGUCAUCGUCCUCCUCCUCGUCCAGGAGAGGCGUGGACGGGGACGUGGACCAGGCGGAGGUGGAGGACGACUACGCGGUGAUGUCGUGCAGCGCCGGCCGAGACUCCUUUGUCCAGCAGAGGCGCGACGGCGUCGUCGCCUCCUCCUCUUCGUCCCAGCAGCCAUCUGGGAGCUUGGGUGGGCCGGCGGCCUACCUGGACAUGAGCGCCGAACUCCGGGGGGAGAACGGCGGCUCGUUGGGGUCAGCGGUCAGCGGGGAGGCGGUGGUGGUGGGUGGUGGCGGGAGCGCCAGGGACAACGGCUACAUGUCCAUGCUGCCGGGGGUGACCGCGACCCCGCCGUCGUCCGUCUCCAACUCUCUGGUGGUGGCCGUGGCCGACCCGAACUCUGACGGCGUCCGAGCCGACGUCGACGAUUACAUGGCCAUGACGCCCAACAGCAGCGUGUCGCCACCGCAGAGCAUCCGGCCUCCGCCGGCCGCGGCUAUCGCCGACGGCUACAUGAUGAUGUCUCCCAACGGUAGCUGCUCGCCGGACCAACGAGGGCUGAGCGGCGGCGCCUGGCUGGGCAGCGGCAGUGCCGACAGCCGCGCGGGCAGCGACUACAUGAACAUGUCGCCCAUCAGCGCCCGCUCAAUCAGCGGGAGCCCUCCACUUCCGCCGUUGUCCGAGCACCACGCCCGCUCCGACCCGCACGGCAACCAGCCCCCUGCGCCCAAAAUGGUCUACUCCUACUACUCCCCUGCGAGGUCCACCACAAGCACAGCGCCCGCGGCGUUUGAAGAGCCGGACCUGGGCGGAAAAAAAACUGGAGCGGGUCCAGGCACCAGCAGCGGAGUGGGCAGCGGGAGCAAAGUCCAGGACCCCCACUUGGGAGGUCCCCUCUCCGGCCGACACCUGUCCCUCUCCUCCUCCUCCUACUCGUCCAGCUCAGCAAGCAGCGAGAGCCUGGGGGAGGGCGAGGACAAGACCCCCCAUGGGGCAGCAGGAGCCGCAGCAGGGGUCAGGGCUGCGACGAGGGCCAAGAAUGGGGCUCUACAGCAGGACAAUCAGCAGCAGCAGGGUCAGUGGAGGGGAUCGGCCAGACUGAAGCAGCAGCAGCAGCAGCCUGGGCUUGGGCAGCGCAACCGGCCGGUCAGCUUGUUCGUGGACGUGUCCAAAGCCAACACGCUGCCCCGCGUCCGCGAGAGCCCGCUGCCUCCGGAGCCCAAGCCCGGCGAGUACGUCAGCAUCGAGUUUAAGGGAGAGCACUCAGCAGCAGGAGCGGCAGGUGGGAGAGGAUUCAGGCCUGGUUUCUGGAUUUCCCCAACGUCUUCAUCCUCAACAACAUCAGCGUCAGCAUCCUCGUCUAGUCGCCCCCUCCCCCGCCCCAUGUCCUGCCUAGCGGGCUUCCUACCCGUGUCCCCCAGGGGGCCUACGCCCCCCUCGGCCACCUCCGAGUACGUCAACAUGGACUUGGGUCCGUCACCGUCCCCCUCCCCCUCCCCGCUAUUGCUCACCCCUCUGGGCUUCCCUUCCUUCUCCACCCCGACGCCUCCGCUGCCCUCCGCCACUGCCCCCAAGGCCCGAGACGAGCUUCGGUCCGUGUCGUCCUCCUCCUCACGGUCGGACGAGGCGGGAAAAGAGAUGCGGCAGCAGGCGCCGGACUCGCCCACGUCCUGCGGCGACUACACGGAGAUGGCCUUCAGCCUGAGCACCAGCACGCCCACCACCUCCCCCAAGGGGCCCUUGCCGGACCGGCCCGAGUCCAUCCCCCCGGGGCCAGGCCUGGUGGCCCUGGGCCUGCCGCUGGACUUCCCCCUGGGCGCUAGCAAGCAGGGCCCCAACCCGGACCACGGCGCCAAGGUGAUCCGGGCUGACCCGCAGGGCCGUCGGCGCCACUGCUCCGAGACGUUCCUAUCGACUGCUGUUGCGGCGGCGGCGGUGCCCGUCUCGUCCUCGGGCUCGUCCUCCUCGUCUUCGUCCUCAUCCGUGUCCGGCGGAGGAGGAGGGGGAGGGCUCCCCGAGCACGCCCAGGCUGUGGCCAGGCGCCUGGGCUUCGACAGCAUCCUCUGGGGCAGCAGCGUCGCCGCCUCCCCGGACUCGCCCUCGCAGCAUGGCCCGUCCGUGCUGCCCAUCCCCCAGGGUUCGUCUGCCGAGCAGGGCCUCAACUACAUCGACCUGGACCUGGCCAACAAGGAGAGCCCUCACUCAGGACUGGAACAGGCUCAGACCAUUCCCGCGCGCCUCUUCUCCAGCGUGCUGGGCGGCGGAGCAGUGGGAGUGACCAGCGUGGGCCUCGGAGCAGGAGCGUCCAACCUCAACACCUAUGCCAGCAUCGACUUCUACAAGUCCGAAGAGCUGCGGACCCACCAGAGUACUGGCAAGGACACCGACACCGAGAGGAAGCAACAGGAUUUGGCUGUGGACUAGAUGAAUAGAAUACACUCUCUAAUCUCAGAUGGAGAGAGAGAGAGAGAGAGAGAGGGAUGGAGAGAGACAGUGAGUGACAGAUUGCCAGAGUGACAGACUAUGAGACAGACACAGUGUGUAAAAAGAGAUCAGAUAUCUACCCACACACAUACAUGGGCAAACCUCAUUAUACUACCAGGGAGAGAGAGGUAAAAUGAUAGAGAUGUCAUACUGACCUUUCCCCUGUAAUUAGUGUGCCUAAAGAUAAACUCUCUCUCUCUCUCUCUCUCUCUCUCUUGCUCUCUCUAUUGCUCUCUUUUGCUCUCUUUCUCUCGCUCUCACUCUGUUUCAAGUUCAAGUGGUUUUAUUGGAUUGUUUACAUGCAAUGUUCCAAAUAAACAAAAACAAGACACAUGCUGUGUAUAACUAAUGUAAAAAUAAAAACAUGCACUGUCUGCUGACACCUUAAAUGGAAGCGAAGGAGAAUCUGUGUGUGUGUGUGUGUGUGUGUGUGUGUGUGUGCUUGUGUGUUCUUUCUGUGGUGGUAAGGAUACUGUGUAAAUUCCCUCUUGAUCUCUUUAGGCUUGAGAUGUUUGUUCAGGUCUUACUGGUCUCGAUUUAGAUUU